UUUUUAGAUAAAAUUUCGAUGAAUCGUCUUUUUCGGUCAUAAAAAUGGUGUCUACUCCCUGAAGCUACAUAAGAGGCGGAGAAGAAAACUUUAUAAUAAGGAAAGCCAAGAAAUGCCGUAGAGGAUAUAAAAGAAAUUGAAAGAAAACGUACAGAUAAAAGAUGAUAAGAUCUGGCGGUGGUUCCUGCGUCACUGUUACUUUUGCCUCCGAGAUAUUCGAACGGAAACCCUCACCUGGCUAAAAGUGUCGCUACAUCACAGCGCUUUAUUUAACACGAUAAGAUAUGGACGAGCAUGGAUCACAUUGCACCAUUUGUGAAGAGCAGUACAACGAUCAAAGAAAUCCCCGAGCAUUGAGCUGUGGACAUUCUUUCUGCUCUAUUUGUCUCAACCAGCUCUUCGUACAGAACAGCAGACAUUGUCCAGAAUGCCGAACCCACAUCAGAAAUGCCUCUGUCAACGACAUUCCAGUAAACUACUCGCUGCUCAGGCUAGUUCGAGCCCAGGCAGCUCAGACACCGAAGUCGGCCCCAAAACCUGGCGUGAAUCCGAAUGGCGGGGAGUGUCAAGCUCAUGGAAACAUAAUGUUCUUUUGGUGUGUCAAGUGUUUCACUUGGGUGUGCCGCGACUGCCUAGUGUUGGACCACCCUGAGUCUCCGCGGGGCACAUGCGUGAUCAAGGCGUCCGAACAAGCGACGGCAGACAUGAUAGAAACCGAUAAUCGGAAAGUCACGGGCUUGAUUUUAGAAAUCGAGAAAAUAAUUAAGAUGAUGGAAUCUGGAAAACUUUACCUAGAAAAUCAGAAGAAACAGACUGAAAAUAAAAUAUCUGCUUUACAAAAACAGAUUGUAACAUUGGAGACCUCUUUUCAAGGUUAUACAGACAAAGAGCAAGAAGUUAAUAAGAAUGUGACAGAUAUGAAGACUUGGAUCGUAAAGCUACAGGAAUCCAUGGUCCAAACAGCUAAGGCUGUAACACCACAAGAAGCUAAGGAUAUUCUUUCUGAUAUGUCUACCUCCAGAAAAGAUAUCGAAGAGGAAAUAAGAAAUAAAAAGCAGCUUGCACUUACACUAAACAAUUUGGAUUCAAUGACAAUGAGGAGAAUGCGUGGUUCAAGGUUUGGCCAUUCUUUCGAACAAAGUCAAUUUCUUGAUCUAAAGUGGACUUCCAUGUCCAAAACAUAAGAAGGGUAAUCCUAUAUUGUUUCUUGCUGUAUCACUAACGGCAGUAUUUAUGCUCAAUAUAAGAAUAAUACACUAAUUAAAACUACCAGUUUUAUGUAGUACAUUGUAGGGUAUAGGUAGCUUAUUUGCUAAUUGGUGAAAUUGAUUAAAUAGAAAUUUUCAGUAUACAUACAUGUGCUUUUAUGUAUAUAUACUAAGACAGAUAGCUGUGUGUUUGUGUGUAUAUAUAUAUAUAUAUA